UUGGACAGCAGUCUUCUUAGUAGCGUUUAAGCAUCGUGCACGAUCAGUUACUGGUAGAACGUGUCUCUCGUCUCAUCGGAGACCGGCGAUUGGAACCGUGAAGCACGUCCUAUUCAAACUUUCCAAGCAUUCCUCGUUCAAGCGUGGAGAAUCUCGGCAGAAGGUCGAGGUCACGAGGUUUCUGAGUUUGUGAAAAUAAUCAAUCUCGCAAGAUUUUAAUUGGUUAAAAAAGAGUCCAGAGCUGUCCAGGAUUUGUACUUUUGGAUUUGAAAUUCAAAUAUUUUCUCAGGAUAACUCAGGAAUCAUCUUUAUUUAUUGAAAAUUAUAUCAUCAACAUGAUUAAUCUUAUACGUCAUGUCGUUAGUAAUUAUAACGAAGUUUUAAACAAUGCCAAAGAUCCAAUGGUAGAUACUUGGUUUUUAAUGGAAUCUCCGGGUCCUAUAUUAUGUAUUAUCAGUGCAUAUUUGAUAUUUGUCUUAAAAAUUGGACCAAAGAUGAUGAAAAACAGACCGGCGUUUCAGCUGAAUACCGUUAUGAUUGCAUAUAACGCAUUUCAAGUACUCUUCAAUAUUUGGGUGAUAACUUUAAUAUUGGAACUGGAUUUUAAAUAUUUGUUCUUUAUUCAUGGAUUUAAUAAUCAAAAUAGUAUAUCAUCAAAUCAACAACUUGCAAGACACAUAAAAAUAAUGUCUCGAGGCAGUUGGUGGUAUUUUGUCACAAAAGUUGUUGAGCUUCUGGACACGGUAUUUUUCGUUUUAAGAAGAAAGCAAAAUCAGGUUACUUUUCUUCACGUUUAUCAUCAUACUUUGACGACCCUUCUGUCAUGGUGCUACUUAAAAUAUCUACCUAGUGUACAAGGUGUUAUGAUUGCUCUCUUGAAUUCCAUAGUCCAUGUCAUUAUGUACAGUUAUUAUUUGAUCGCAGCACUUGGCCCUAACUACAAGAAAUAUAUUUGGUGGAAAAAAUAUUUGACGUGGAUUCAACUGCUCCAGUUUUCUUUAAUUUUAGUUUAUCUAUCAUUAACUUUAAUCAUGGAUUGUCGAAUACCAAAAGCUCCUAGUUAUUUGUUCGGAGUAAUAUACAUAAUCUUUAUAUAUUUAUUUGGCAACUUUUAUCGUCAAGCGUACAAGAAAAAAGUUACUUAAUAAUGAAUGUUGUACUUUGUAAAUAACUAAUAAAUACAAAAGAUUCUUUAAAAAUACUUACAUUUUAUUUUUAUAUAAAUAAAAAAGAAAUAAUAUUGUUAAAAAACACGGAACAAAAUGACUACGAUCUCCAAUUGAGCACCGUUCCAAAUGUCAUUGGCUUUUAUAGUAAAAUAUCAAAAAUGUGUGAAAGAUAAAUGUAUAAACAUAUAUAGAAAAAAAGGAAAUAAGUUUUUAUGUAUUUUUAAUUUACUUAUAGAAUAUAUGUAUAAAAUAUAUGUAACUAUUAAACGCAGUGUUAAGUUUGAGAAACCCUGUACAAAAUUUCAAUUGCAUACUGUAGAAAGAAAUAAGAAGAAUGAAAAGAAUGAGAGAAAUGAGAAUGAACAAGAAGGAAAAAGAAAUAAAAAUAAAUUUACCAAUUGUGAUUAUUAA